GGGGCUGAAGAGGAGGGGGCAGGGCGCGAGGUAUCAUGGAGGAUCAGUAGGCAAACUGUGGCCAUCAGAGGAGAGCAGCUUCGGCUCUGAUCCCCGGGACUUUCUCAACUGUUCACCGGCCGAAUUUAAACCACUCUACCGGGAUAUCUCAGAAUGGACAUGAAGAAGAGGAUCAACCUGGAGCUGCGGAACAGGAGUCUGGCGGAGGUGAGUCGUUUUUUAAACUUAAAUAACAGCUUAAUUGUUGCUUGAAAUAACCCGCGAGGUGAUGUGCGACCGGAGCCUGGCUGCUCCCACAUGGAGCCCACACUUAAGGAGAACAACCAGGCGGCAGGUCGGCACUCGUUCACACUUUAAGCCCGUGAACCCUCAAAUUGAUCCGGUUAGUUUAAUAACUGCCGCCCGAUGAUGGUUGUGGAAGCAUCUUAACGGCUCCGUCCAUCCGUCCUCCCGCCCCCUCCUCUGCUCCCGUGAAACCCCGUCUCUCCGGGAAGCUCAACGGACACAAAUUACACCAUUAUACCCAUUUCAAGACUUAUAAUUCGGUUCCUAUCCCACCGGACUCUUAGAUACGAUGAACCUGCUCACCCGCCAUCAGUUCAACCCUUUCCCUAAUUCUCCGAUGGGAACAUUUUAACUUUUUUUAUCAGUCAUCACCUGCACCGAAGUUUAACAGAUAUUACCACGUUUAAAACGUCAAUAAAACGGAACAAGCCCACUGGUUUCCCGAUAAUGGCGGGCGGGUGUACCGGGCUGUUUUUUCCGCUCUCGGCGCGGGCUUUCGUCCCGGAAAAUACACUGCGUGUCAACCUGCACAACAACAGCGUCGGUUGGUGCUUCGUCGUUUUCUGUCAGCGGACAUCUUAAGUAGUGAGCGGCUUAAACUUCGACGGAAAACCUACAGCCCUUCAUUUAAGCGGCGUUUUCAUAGUUAAAUUCGGACAAUAAGUGAAAACUGUGUCUAUUUUAAGCUCUUUAUUCACAUUUCCGCGCAGCUGUGCUCGGUGGCGGACGUGGGUCGGACACAGACAUUUUGAGUGGGCAGCUCGUGCUAGAGAGUAACGCGUUACCUGCUCAGCGUUACAGGAAGCGGAUUAAAGGCCGUUUCGACGGAAAAAUGUCCGAGAUGUCGACGAAAGCUUCUGUUUGGUGACCGUUCAAGACGUUUUAGACACUGCGGUCCGACACAGGGCGUUUCUACAGCUGGGUAACCGUGUGAAGACGACGGUUAAUGUUUGAAUAACAGCGUCGUAACGAGUCAAAAUGGCGUUACUCGACGAGGCUUUAAAGGGAAACAGAUUACGGUCUUUGGAGCCUCGCGGUUCACCGACGGUUCGUCGAAGAACCGUUAGUGAAAUUAUCUGUCGGUGUUCAUGAUGACCGACUUGAAUCGGUUUAAACAGUGUGAACGCACUGUUGUUCGGUUUGUGUCGACUGAUUUAACAACGCUCAGUGUGUGUGUGUGUGUGUGUGUGUGUGUGUGUGUGUGUGUGUGUGUGUGUGUGUGUGAGUAUGUGUAUGAUUAAGUUAUAUAACCGGACUGCCAACCAUACAGCCUGAGUUAAAUAACACACUUAUAGACACUCUGAGCCGUUUACUUUGAAUUUACUUCAUCUACGAACUGAUCCACCAGACAAGCUGCGGGUGUCAUGUUUUAUGAAUAGGGGGAUGCCGGCAGAUGGUGUGUGGAGGCUCAGAAGACAACCCCCACCACACACACACACACACACACACACACACACACACACACACACACACACAGAGUGCAUAGAUUAUAGUAGGUUAAAGCCACAGCAACAGCUCUCCGACACAGUGUAGGGCAGUAUAAUGUAGUAUAGUAUUCUGUAGUGGUCUUCAUUGAUGCCUGUUGGCCUGCAGGCUGAGGCUCUGCCAUUAUGUAAGCCGAGGAACCAAAGGAACUCUGGGAAAUAAAAGCAGCCAUCAGUGUGAACAAAGUCCCCAGUGAACCACCGUCUCACACCAACACACUUCACCAUCAGUGCACCACCAGUCCGAAUGAUUAUAACCAUAUUUCCCUCUCUUUUAGAGAAAAGCUCCAAUCAGUAAGUUAGUUCGUCCAUUUUUGGUGAUUCCUUAUUAUUCAGGUUAAGUACCACCAACAGGUGCUGCUGGUGUAACAUCCAUACUCUCACCAAUUUCUAAACACGUGUGCACAGAACCAAGCCACACAUAUACAUACAAGCAAAUAAAAGGAGGGAUACACAAAUGGGUCACACUAUAGACAAUCCAACAAAUCGCAAAUAAAAGUCAUUUAAUGUAGUUAAUGUGUGCAUGUUAAUGUGCGGAGAACAUCUUUGAAAAGACACUUAAAAGGCAGAUGGUCCAAAAGUCUGGUUCUGGUUUUGUGUCUGUUCAUCAUGGCAAGGUAAGAGUUCAUGCUGUUGGUCUGAGACUGUGGAGGUUAUCAGGAGGUUUUCCCCCAGAUUUGACUGAUAUUAAAUAUUUAUGCAGUUAUUCUAGAUUUGAUAUCAACACAUCUGAUUAAAACUAAAAUAUUUAAACAUAAUAAAAUAGAACCUCAAUACAAAAACAUCUGUUUUAACUUCAGGGUGUAGGUACUUGUGAGGAGUUCAACAGCUCAGGGUUACAAUAAUGGUCAUUGACAAUAUUACCAAUAAUGUGAAAUAAAUAAAAAUCGAAUGUUAUAAAGAUCAAACUACUUUUUUUAAAUGAAAAUAUAACAUUUGAAAGCCUUUCAGUUGAUUCAGUAAACAGCAGAUAAUGCAAACAGGUGGCUGGACUGAAUAUAGCUGCAUUUAACAUGAUUUAACAUCCUGAAGUUAAAAACACCCAAGAGCUAAUAUUACAACAUUUAAUUUAUGUAUUUAGACCUAAAAAUGAUAAAUACUCUGCAGGUUAGAUAAAACAGCUGCAGCUCUGACUCCAGCACAGUUAGCGGUACUCACCAGCAGCUCCUAAUGGACAUGAGAGGAACAGCAGCUUUAACCUAGGUGAAGGUUGAGUACAGGGAGCUCAGCAGCAGAUGGAGAACAGACAUAAACUUUCUUUCAAACCGCCGAACUCUGAAUGUUUCCGUCUUUCUGUCUGUUUCUGUUAGAUCGCCGAACUGGUGCUGGACAACAGUCGCUCUGCAGACGGGGAGGUGGAGGGUCUCACAGACGAGUUCACCGAGCUGGAGUUCCUCAGUAUGGUCAACGUGGGUCUGACCUCGCUGUCUAAACUGCCCUCACUGCCCAAACUACGCAAGGUAACACAGACACACACACACUUAAACUCUGAUCCAAGUCCAAACGGUCUCUCAGUCACUCGUACCUGAGUCAGAUCCCACAGGUGAAGAGGUCAUGAAUUGGCUCUUUGUGUGUGUGUGUGUGUGUGUGUGUGUGUGUGUGUGUGUGUGUGUGUGUGUGUGUGUGUGUGUGUGUGUGUGUGUGUGUCCAGUUGGAGCUGAGCGACAACAACCUGUCUGGAUCUCUGGAGACUCUGUCAGAAAAAUGUCCCAACCUGACCUACCUCAACCUGAGCGGCAACAAGAUCAAAGAGCUGAGCAAUGUGGAGGCGCUGGUCAGUACACACGCACACACACACACAAACACUGCCCUGAUACCACCUUAGUUCCUGUCAGCUGGAAAGGACAUUCAGCGGUACAUCCUGGAGGUAGAUGAAGAAAAUCCAUCAGCCAAUCAGGUUUCUUCCUGAAUAAAAUUAUAUAAGUUUCGUUUCGUUAUCUUCUGCUUAACCGGGUCGGGGUCGUGGGGGCAGCAGCUUCAGGAGGGAAGCCCAGACGGCCCUCACCCCAGCCACUUCCACCAGCUCCUCCGGGGGGAUUCCCAGGCGCUCCCAGGCCAGGCGAGAGAUAUAAUCCCUCCACCUGGUCCUGGGUCGGCCACGAGGUCUCCUCCUGGUGGGACAUGUUCGGAACAUCUCUAACGGGAGGCGUCCAGAAGGCAUCCUAACCAGAUGCCUUAGCCACCUCAGCUGACUCCACUCGACAUCGAGGAGCAGUGGUUCUACUCUGAGCUCCUUACCUUAUCUCUAAGGCUGAGCCUGGCCACCCUGCAGAGGAAACAUAUUUUGGCCACUUGUAUUUCUCCAUCUUGUUUUUUGGUCAUUACCCAAAGUUCAUGACCAUAGGUGAGGGUCGGAGUCCUACCUUACGGCUCAACUCUUUCUUCACCACGACUGAACAGUUAACUUCCUCAUCACUGCUGAUGCCGCUCCAAUGCACCUCUCUGACCCGCCUGUCGAUCUCCCGCUCCAUUCUACCCUCACUCGUGAACAAGAUCCCGAGAUACUUAAACUCCUCCACUUGAGACAGGACCUCCCCUCGGACCCGGAGAAGGCAAUCUACCAUUUCCCCAACUGAGGACCAACCCGGACUCGGAGGUGCUGAUUCGCAUCCCAUCCGCUUUACACUCAGCAGCGAAACUAACCAGCAAAAUAAUAGGUGUCAUUUAGAUCUGAUUUAGGAGUAUUACAGUAUCAGGUUGAAUAGAGGAGUCGAGAGGACCAUUUGAAGCCAGACUUCUCUGACAGAUCCACGUGUGGUGGGCCACCAUCAGCUCCUACUGACCCUCGAAUGUUUGACUUUGUGUAAAAAAUGAAAGUUUGACAGAAUCUUUAUUUUUUAAUGUUUCUGGUGAUUCACUCGUUUUUUUCUCUCUGCAGCAAAACCUGAAGAGUCUGCAGAGUCUGGACUUGUUUAACUGUGAGAUCACGUCUCUGGAGGACUACAGGGAGAGCGUGUUCGAGCUGCUGCCUCAGGUCACCUACCUGGACGGCUUCGACCAGGAGGACAACGAGGCACCUGACUCCGAGGCCGACGAUGAAGGUGAAUAAAGAGCGUGUUUGUGUGAACGAACUCAGGUGACUUGUCUGCUGUUUUUGAAUGUGUGUGUGUGUAUGUGUGUGUGUCUGCAGAUGAUGACUGCGAGGACGGGGCGGGGCCAACAGGAGACUUCGACGACGAGGACGAUGAAGACGAGGAUGAGGACGGCUCAGAGGGAGGAGAGGUGGGGCUGAGCUUUCAAGUGAACCGUGCCGAUCAGGUGGGCAAUUCAGGCUUCAGCCUGCAGGUCGAUCCAGGGCCGGCUCAGACACACCCUCAUCCUCCCAUCAUGCACCUGUGUCAGCCAGGCAGACAACGGGACGCAGAGGCAGAGGUCAAGCUAGGCAGGUACAGAGGGGCGGAGCUACACCUGAAUUAACCCCUUCAGUAAUGAUAGGACCAUAGACUGUAUAUAAGAUGGACAGAGUCUGCCUCCUCACUGGGUGAAGCCACUCCGAGAACAGCACCCUCUGAUGGUGGGCUGCAGUACAGGUCAUAAAUCCCGCCUCCGCCAGCAAAGCUUAUAGGACUGUGGACAAACUUUAGAAAUGUAUUACACAGAACAUAAAUUUUUCUCCCCCCUGCUUGUGAUGUUGACAUGUAGUUAUUGUAAGACUGGUUUGUGCCCAAGUGCUUUUUUUUCUGUACAGCUCCGUUUUCAAAAGUUAUUAGGGGGUUCAUGUUUUCUAUGAUUGACACCUAGUACAGCCUAUGGGCGUUCAGGGAUUGCAUAGCUCUUCCGGGGGGAUAUGCUGUUUGAGCCGAGCGUCAUCACAGGGACUCUCGGCGACUGCGCGGCCAAAUUCGCGCAUCACUACUGCGCAGCUCUGGUUUCAAGGAAGUGGAGAAAAACCCGGAAUUACAGAGAGCUUUCUGGCUUCAAAUCCGUAUACAGGGGGAAGGCGGAACCAGGUUGUCCAUCUUAUAUACAGUCUAUGGAUAGGACAGAGCAGAGGGUCCAGACCACAGGUAAAAUAAAGGGUCACUCAGAGACCAGCUCACCUGGACAAAGGUCAGAAGUGAGAAGUUUUUCCACCUGGUCAUGAAUCUGCAGCUCAUCUGAAUCUUAGAGUUAACCUGACACCAAGCAGCGCAGUCAGGAGGAGGUUUUGGAUGAACCAGUUCUCUGCCUGGUCUGAAUUGAGCCGGUCUGCAGGAUCGACCUCAGGUGUGUCAUCAGGUGUGACCGUGUUAUUGACCAGGUUCAGCACCAACAUGGCCGUCUCUGAGGACAAACGUUCAGGAACAAGAAAAAGUUCAAAAGUCAUCAAACUUUCUUUUUUUUUUUUUAAUCUGCACAUCACCGUGUCCAAAGUCUCAUUCUGCCUGUCUAAUAGAUAUAAAACAAAUAUACAGUGGCCCUGAAGGACAACUGCACAGAAAUGUCAUGACAACAAAAUAUUUCACUAAACAUCAAAAACCAAACACGGAAUAAAAACACUGAAACCUCAAACAGCAAAAAAAUCCACAGGGUUAAAAAAAGAUGUGAAAAAACAAACAAAAAAAUUUCAAUAAAAUCAGAAAUACCAAAAAAAGAGGAAAUACAAAAAUAAACAUGACAAAACAAUUUUAAGGAGUGAAUUUGUUUUACAAAAUAAACGUGUGUGUGUAUUUUACUUUUUAUUUUUGCAGUCCUUAUUAAAAUUCUUAAGAAUUUAUUUAUUUAUUUAUUUUUUCACAUUAAAUAAUCUUUACUCUGUUGACCUUCUGGGCCAUCAUGUCAAUCCAAACACAGCUUAAUAUUUUAUAUUGAUAAUUUUUUUGUUUAUAUUACAAAUUAAAACAGCGUCACCUCAAAAAAAUGUAUAUAAAAAGUUUAAAUUUGAGGAAUUUUUUUUCUUUUUCCAUUGUUGUCAUAAAUUUAAUAUUUUUUGUUUUGUUUUCUGUGUGAUAAGAAUUUUACUUCACUGUCGUCUAACUGAAUGCUGUAAUUUAUCAAAAACAUAUUUUAUUUUGAAAGAGCCCGUCAGAGUCGGUCAAAUGGAGGUCAGCCUGGUCACUGUGGCGUAGACGUGAUGAUGUCAUUUAACACUUCAUUAGUGCCGUCCAAUCACAGCCUAGCUGCUACUCAUUAUCUGUUUGUCCUAGUUUGAAAAUAUUGACUCCUUAACCCUUCCUUAGAGCAUUGUGUCUUUUAUUUUGAAAGUAUUGACUCCUCAACCCUUCUUCAGAGCAUUGUGUCUUUUAUUUUGAAAGUAUUGACUUCUCAACCCUUCCUUCGAGCGUUGUGACUUUUAUUUUGAAAGUAUUGACUCCCCUUGUUUUUUCCUUAUGAAAGCUCUGUCUUUUAUUUUGAAAGAUUAUCCUUAAAACUGAGCUCAAACUUCCUGUUGCGUCAUUGCUUCAUCUUAGGAAGAAGACGAGGAUGAAGACGACUAUGCAGAGGAGGAAGAGGAGGGUGAGUGAAGCAUCAUGGGAUGUUUACGUGUUUGCAGACACCUCAUGGCCUCCUCUGAUUGGUCGAAUCUUGCUCUAUCUCUCCGCAGAGGAUCAAGCAGGCGUUCAAGGACAGAAGAGGAAGAGAGACGUGGACGACGAAGGCGAGGACGACGAUGAUGAUGACGACGACUAGCCACCCAGCUGACGGUCGUCUAUGUCAUCCUGUCCUGUUUCUGUCCGUCUCAGUCGUUCUCCGGACCCGACCUCUGCCAGACAACAAACAACAACACAACUACACAAACAAACAAACGGAUGGAUCGCUAUCAGGCCGCCGCCGCAGCAACAGGAACAGUGUGAUCGAUAGUUUCUCCUCCUUAGAUCCUCAUUGCUUUACGUUAGAGAAGAUUUAUCAGGACACGCCUCCCUUUAAGACCUUCAGGGGUAAGCCCCGCCUCCUCUCCUCAUCCCGGACUCUGAUCCCAGUCCAACAUCUACCCAAAGUCCACAGCAGCAGCAGAUUUUCCAGCCUCCUAUUGCCGCCACCAUGCACCGCCCUUCUGUUAGCACAAAGGUGUAAAAACCAGAACUCUGAAUGAUGUCACUUCCUCCUUGAACCAGAUUUCAGCACUUCGCUCUUCCUGCGGCUCAGAUGAACCGAUUAGGUCAUUUCCUGUUUAAAGAUCCGACGCUGUCUCUUUAAAAACUAGAUUUUUCUGCUCAUUCAGCUCAGACCACAAGACUCCACCCUCAGAGAAAAGCUCAGGCCUGAUUGGUCAACGAGACCCCGCAGAUGUUCGUUACAAACAAGUAACGGACUAACCCUAUCUGUUAAAGAAAGUUCCAGGAGCGUGUUAUGUCCAAACCGAGCCUUAAAUCGGCACCGACCCAAACACUCCAGAACCAAAAAGGGGAAACUCAGAUUCUUUUGCCAGAAUCUGAAAGCACCCAAAAGUCUCACCUGAGGGUUCUGUUUCUACUGGAUCCGGGAUCUUUAGACCGGUCCUUUGAAACAUCAGCUCUGAGGUUUAAGUCCUUUCAUCUGAACUGGUCUGUACUGGUUUGGUUUCCACGAGCUGAAUCUGCCGUCAAUCAGAAAAGUUUCCCUUAAACCUCGGGUCCCUGACCAACCUGAAGGUCCGGUCCGGUUCAGCACAGUUUGGUGUGAUAAACCCUGAUCUUGUUUGGCGGUUCCUCAAUGAUGGUUGUCUUGACCAUUCAACCAACUGCAGUGUGUCUGGCUCCGCCCCUCAGGGCCAGAUAGAUGCUCUUGAAAUCUACAGAGGUUCCAGAAAAGUAGGCGCCUUUGGAUCUGUUCACAAAAGAUCCGACUUUAUUCUUCUGAGAAGGAAAUCAAACAAAAAGAACCAAACCUGGAGACCUGGUGGAAACAGCUGUAGAUACCACAGAUCCAGCUCGUAGAAAGCAAACAUGCACUCAUUGUAAGCGCCACCCCCUUUGUUGUGUUUUUUUUUCCCCGUUUUGUUUUCUUUAGCUUGUCCGGGUCACUGGGGCAGCAGCUUCAGGAGGGAAGCCCAGACGGCCCUCGACCCUGCCACUGCCACCAGUUCUUCCUCCCAGGCGAGAGAUAUAAUUCCUCUAUCCGGUGGGACAUGUCUGGAACACCUCUAACGGGAGGAGUCCAGAAGGCAUCCUAACCAGAUGCCUUAGCCACCUCAGCUGACUCUUCUCAACGUGGAGGAGCAGCGGUUCUACUCUGAGCGCCCCCCCGAGUGUCCGAGCUCCUUACCCUAUCUCUAAGGCUGAGCCCGGCCACCCUGCAGAAGAAACCUAUUUCUGCCGCUUGUAUCUGCGAUCUUGUUUUUUCGGUCAUUACCCAAAGUUCAUGAUCAUAGGUGAGGGUCGGCAUGUAGACCGACCGGUAAACCGAGAGUCUCACCUUACGGCUCAGCUCUUCCUUCACCACGACUGAUCGGUUAAGCGUCCGCAUCACUGCUGAUGCCUCUCUGACCCGCCUGUCGAUCUCCCGCUCCAUUCUACCCCCACUCGUGAACAAGAUCCCGAGAUACUUGAACUCCUCCACUUGAGGCAUGAUCUCCCCUCCGACCCAGAGUAGGCAAUCUACCUUUUUCCGACUGAGGGCCCUGGCCUCGGACUUGGAGGUGCUGAUUCGCACACUCCCUUCGUCAUUAGUGCUAAAUCACUGAGUGUGUGGUCCACCUCUGAGGGUAAAACAGAGCAGAUAAGUCUUAGUCCAGCUGUAGACCGGGGUGAAGGUCCUCAGUAGACCUCCGUCAGUGUUUCCAAGAUCAACAGAUAAUCCAACAUAGCAUGAAAAGGUUCAAGUGCGUAUCUGCUCAUGUUCCUUGCUAUUGCGCCCCUUUUAUUUGGUGGCUCCUACUUCAGGUGGACUCACAGCUCAGUCUUCGCCUUUACGUUUUCAUUCUGGUUGUAGAUCCUCAAAGACCUCCACAUGGUCUAGGGUUCAGGCAGGGUCCGAUAACGAUGAGGUCAAACCACCUCAGGCAGCUCGUGGUCACGAAAAAUUCCCCCCCACAAAGUUUUACAUAAAGAGUGAUGGUCUUGGACAUCAGCAGCUCUGAAGUUAGAGGUCUGGUGGUCUAAGCUGACCCUCACUGGUUCUGGUCUCCCUGUAAUCUGGACUUUCUGGAGUCCAGGACGAUCCAACAGGAGGAUUCUAUUCACACCUGAGAGUGAUGCAGGAGCUGAAGAUCAGCAGAUCCACCUCAGACUCACUCAGGGGAGCCUCAGCCUCAUAUCACCUGACCUUCAGACCGGACUCCCAGCCCACUCCACACCUGACCUACUCCAUUAGUUAGACCCAAAACCCACUUCAUCUGGACUUGAACAGGACCAUAAGGGACGAGCUUCAGGAUCUCUGUCCCCGCCAUGUUUGGACCUUUAGAUCACAUGACUCUGCUGACUCUGCCCGUCUCAUCUGCUGUAGACGUGAAGAGAUAUUCCCAGUGUGUGUGUGUGUGUGUGUUUGAUUUAUUGUAGGGGGUUUCCAGGGGCGGGUGGGGCUAAAUCUCAGUCUGAUGUGUUUUUUCUUUUAUUGUCCCGAUCAGCUGUUUUUAGUUUGAUGUGAAAGCCAGCAACUCGUCUUCAAACUGCCCAAUCCCCAUCAUGUUCAGACCGCUGAUGUGUCACUCUUCAGGCUCCGCCCCCUUACAGCUAAAAACCAGGAAGGUGUUCAUUUUUAUGUUGACCAAAACCUUGCCUUUAGAAAUGCUAAAACUUUCCAAAAUGUACUCUGGGUUUUUCAAUCUGAUCAGACUUAUCAAACUGUCCAAUCACAGCUGCUCUGUAGGUCACAUGAUGCAGAGUAUCUGGGCAUCAUGGUGGGAGUAUGAUGGAGGCGGAGCCUGAAACGAGACACACCUGUUUUGUCUGAUUCAGCUGUCAGAAACUUUCUACUUCCUCCAGCUGAAACAGGGUGAGUCGAUCCAGCAGGAAACAAACGAUAAGAAAAUAACAGGCAAUCCACUCUGAUCGUCACAGACCUGGAAAGAUAAACCAAUUGAUAAAAAUGAAUGAGUCAUUAUAAAACAAAUGGAUCAUUAAAAACAAAAUGAUCGAUAAAAAAAAAUGAACGAAUCAUUAAAAACAAACCGAUUGAUAAAAAUGAACGAGUCACUAAAAAAACAGAUAAUAAUAAAACAAAGAAUUAUUCAAAACAAACGAACGAAUCAUUAAAUACAAACCAAACGGGUAAAAACAAAUGAGUCACUAAAAACAAACAGACCAUAAUAAAACAAAAAAUUAUUCAAAACAAAUGAAUUAUUCAAAACAAACCAAUCGAUUAUAAUGAAUGAGUCAUUAAGAACAAAGAGACUCAAAAAAAAAACAUCCUUAAAAACAGAUUGAUAAAAACAAAUGAACAAUUUGAUCUUAAAAAAAAAAACAAAAACAGAUGAUAAAACAAAAAAUUAUUCAAAACAAAUGAGAGAAUCAUUAAAAAUGAACAGAUCAUUAAUAAAAAAGGAAUUGUUCAAAUGGAGCAGAUAAUUUCUCUCCUGACUCGUUUAUCCUUGUCCCGCAGCAGCAGCAGCCUCUGUAUAGCUCCGACAUUGAAAUGCUGUAAACUUUUCGCUUUUUCUCCGAUUUAAACACUGAAAAAUUACAGCUGACGGCGUUACUGUGUCACAGGGAAAGCAGAGGAUCAUUGGAAAAGCAGGCCGAUCAGAGGUUUUCUCUUUACGUUUCAGACAGAACGAGUGCCAACAUUUAAAUUUGUCUUCAAUAAAAAAGAAAAAAAUCAUUCUAAAUUUUUUUUAAGUUUUAGAUUUUUUAAAGAUUUAUUUCCAGUAAAGUAUUUAAGUCGUUUAAAGCUCCUGCAAGUUUUUUGCCCGUUUUUGCUUGUUUUGUUUAAAAUCAGUCACCUGUAAUUUCAACAUCUUAGGUUUUUUUUAUCGCAAAAAUGUUUUCGUAAAAUUAAAAAAAAAUUCAAAUGUAAAUUUCGGGGGUGUAUUAAACAUUUUCAAACAUAAAAAGAGAAAGUUUUUCGACUCUUCAUGACGGUAAUCAUGAGGGACUGGAAAUAAAGCUUAGAUCUUAAAAUUUUUUAGAUUAAUCUCAUAAUUUUUAUCAGUUUUUUCAUUUUUCCGUCUCAGUGACUCGGAGAUGAAAUUCGGUUCUCGGUCAGAAAUCUCGUUUUUUGUCAUUUUUAUGUCGUUAAAUGAUCACAUUUCCAUUUUCUCCGUUCUAAGAUUUUUCUGAAACAGAAGAGAACUCGUCCUCUUGAACGCAGCCUGUUUUACCUCCUCUGCAGUGAAGCGGCAGCGGCGGCGUCACAGCUUGCUGUUGUUUUUCAGAGUGUAGGAGGUCAAAUGUCACGCCUGUCAGACCUGCUGAGGUCAGCUCUAACUGUUUUUUAAGGCAAUACUGUAAAUAGACUUUCGGCUCAGUUUCCAGUUUUUGUUUUUAUCAUUUUUAAGGUAUAAAAUAAUUUUACAGAUGUCCUUGUUUUUUCUGCAGCAAGGUGAUAGUUGCCCCACGUCUUUGACCUUUGACCCCAGCUGUUGCUUUCCCUCUAUCAUCCUGUCUGUGGGGAAAAUUAAACUGUGUUUGACUAUGUGGUGUAACAUGAAAAACAUACCGAGGGGUUUUGAAUUAAAAAAAAUCCGAAAGGAAAAGGAGAACACUCGUUUUUUUUUCUUCUGAACAAAGAUGUCAGACUGAAACUUUCAGGUGUUCAGCUAUCGGACUGUGAGCCUGGAAGAUGAGGAGCAGGGAUUACUGAACAUCAGAGAGGCGUCCAUCCUGUUCACCUGAGAAGGUAAGUUUUUUUUUUAACACACAGAAACAGCAGGGUAUCUGUGGUGUCUUAAAAAGUAUCAAAUGGUGAUAAAUCAAUUUUGGGAAAAUUAAGACACUUAAAAAGUAUUUUAAAAAGUCUUUACUGAGUCUUAAAAUUUGAGGGUAUUUUUUCUGAAUUCGCUGUCCAAGAGUUUAGGUCAUAAAAACAUUGUAAACAUUUAAUAGUGUAUUUGUUUCCUUAAAGAGGACCUGCCAUCAAAAUGUAAUUUUCUGUGUUUUUUGUGUCAGAUAAGGUCCAUAUUAUGUUCGUCUUAUGUUGUAAAUGUGAAAACAAACAGUUACGUUGUUUCCAUUCUGUAAAGGUUUAAAAUAAAGUAACGGGUAAACCAGGCCAAUUGAAAAAGCAGGUCCCUCUGACGUCGCGCUGACCUUGCUCAUUAUUAUUCACGAGCGCGUCCUCGGUGAGCCGCGCCCACUCUCUCAUACUCGUUCUCAGUCACAGCCAGAGCGAGACCCAGCUACCACUGUAUCCACUAUGGGUCUCUUCCAAACGACCGGUGUUUUCUUUGGUUCACUGCCGGGAAAAUGAACUUAAAGCUGGACAGAAUGAAUGAGAAAACACCGCUGGAGAUCUCCGGCUUCUUCUUCAACUUCCACCUCCUCUUCGGACUCGGGGUCUAAAAUAUAUGGUUUAAUACCUGCCGUUUUUAGCCUUUAGCAUAAGGUGACCAGACGUCCCCGAUUUCCGGGGACAGUCCCCGUAUUGGAUGACCUGUCCCCAGCAAAAGCUGUCCCCGAAAAUGUCCCCGAUUUAAGCGUUUCAUGAAUGAGAGCUAAAAUGUUGCGUGUUGGCUCGAACAACGGUUAUUACAGUAGCCGAAUAGGUAGAAGCACAAGUAAGCAGUCCUGAACGACAGUUUUUAAGGGGGUUAUUACAAGGGGCAUGGGCUGCUACUAAAUGGUACCGAGAUUUUGUCUGUGAUCACACAGACCCUGCAACCGCCGCCGCCGCACCGAAUAUCCCCGGAUAUCAUUACAGACAUCUGGGCACCUUACUUUCGCACAUAUUAGCAAAAUUGAUAAACCAAAAUCCGAACCUCCACUGCUGAGCCAAUCAGAGCACAGCAGGCUUCACAGCAGCGAUCCAAUCAGAUCAAAGCUCAUUUCCUGUAAGGUUUUUUAGGCAUACUAAAACAAACCAUCAAAUAACUUUUCAGCUAAAAUUAUGUUGCAAACAUGAUCAGAGGACAUCAAGGAUUAUGAAAAAAUGAUAAAAAAAUGGGUAUGAAAUUUUGAUGGCAGGUCCCCUUUAAAAAAUAAAGAUGAACCAGUACAUAAAGAAACUACGCUAUUGUGGGUGCAUUCGUAAACUGUCUCCGUAAAGCUGCUGGAAACAAAAUCAGAUGAGCUGAGGCACAUGUCAUGACUGUCCUGAUUGUUGUUGUUUUUUAAGUGGAGCAGUGUUUUUUUUUUAUUAUUGUUUUUUGCCCUCAAGUUAUUAUCCCAGCCUAUUUUGAAUUCUGUCAUACCAUAGUGGUCUUAGUGGUCUGUAGUUUUUAUCACAAACUAAGUGUCACUGAUGUAAAUGGUUACAUAUUGAAGUGGCGGUGAGGUUUUAAAAAAUGUUGGGAUGGUCUUGAAAAAGGUUUUAAAAUUUGUUUCAGGACUCGUGUAUAUACCCUGAACAGUCCUGUCUGUGGGUCAUAAAAACAGAAAACUCAGCGGUAAACUCGGGUCAGGGAAGGUCAAUAUUUUCAGUUUGAGUUCAAAUCGACUAAAUUCGGCUAUUUUGUCUCUUUAAUUUACAUUAUUUAAAUAAAACAAUCAAUAAACAAAUAACUCAAAACUGA